AUGAUAGUCGCUACAAACGCUAUAGGAUUAGGCAUCGACGUGCCGGAUAUCCGGGCCGUUAUUCACGCAGAGAGGCCAGUAAAUUUAAGGGAAUAUAGGCAAGAAAGCGGCAGGGGAGGCCGGGACGGGAAGCCGAGCGAGGCAAUUAUCAUUAACAGCGGCGACAUAUGGGCGAGGCCGGGUAAGGCAGACGAUAGCGUCCACAAAAGGCGGGCCAGAGCAGCAAUAGCCCGGUUUAUAGGCGGGCAGCAGUGCCGGCGGGUGGUUUUAGACGAGUAUAUAGACGGCACCAACGGGCAGCAGGAGCAGGAGAGGAGCAGGUACGACGCCGAAGCGGAGUUAGCAUGCGACGUUUACCAGGUAGACGCAGUAGCAGCAGACGCAGCAGCAGACGCAGCAGCAGACGCAGCAGCAGACGCAGCAGCAGACGCAGCAGCAGACGCAGCAGUAGUAACGGCAGCCGACAGCGAUCAGGGCCGGGCAGAAGGUAAAAACCAGCGCGCAUUGCAGGCGUUCCAGCAGCAAGCAGACGAGAGGCGGGCCGUCCAUAAGAGGUUAGUAAGAAGGGUAGCCGACGAGGCAGCAAAUAUUAAAGAGUUAGAGCAGUUAUUAGACCGUUGGUCAGGCCGGUGCGCGUUAUACAAGGCUAAGGGCAAGGAGAGGACCCGGUAUAAUAUAAGCGAAUGCCCAGAAAGAGAGAGGGCGCAAGAGUUGAGAAAUAGGAGCAAGGGAACAAGAGGGAACAUAGACAUACAGCCGUUUGCAGGUUACAGGUAUUGCGGAGUACCGCAGUCGAUUUGCCAGCGGUGGCAGCAAAAGACCGAAGAGGUAGGGUAG